CGGCGGUCAACUCGCAGCGCAUGCGUGCACUAAGAGGUGGCAGGGAGCGGGCCUGUUGUGUAUUCAGAGUCUCGCCUUUGAGGCGGCGGCUAUCUGGGCUGGCUGCUAGCUCCCACAAUGAGAUGCUCUUGUGAAGCUGUGGUGUACAGUUGAUGCUGCUAUGGCGGAUAGCGUUAAAACAUUCCUUCUGGAUGUUGUUAAGGGCAUUAAAGAUUCCGUCCUCGGCAUACGAACCAUCUCCAAGCUCGAUGAGCGCAUUCACCAGAAACGGGAAGAACAAAGGAGGAAGAAGGAACAGCGCAGCGUACUGGCACAUCGCAGGGCCCAGAUCGAAGACAAAAGAGAGGAAAAUGAGCCCCGAAUAGCACACCGGAUUUUGCAGUGUUGUGCCUGGAAUGGAGGAAUAUUCUGGCUGAGUAUCCUGAUCUUCUAUCGAGUCUUUAUCCCUCUGCUUCAAGCCAUCACUGCAAGUAUUAUUGGUGACCCCUCAUUACAUGGCGAUGUCUGGUCCUGGGUGGAAUUUAUCUUGAACUCCACUUUCAGUGCUUUGUGGAUAUUGCCUCUGUUUGUCCUCAGUAAAAUAGUGAAUGCCAUCUGGUUUCAGGACAUUGCUGACCUAGCGUUUAAAGUGUCUGGAAGGAAAGCACAACCUUUCCCCAGUAUAAGUAAGAUUAUCGCGGACAUGCUUUUCAAUCUGCUCCUGCAGGCCUUGUUCCUCAUUCAGGGACUGAUAGUGAGUCAUUUUCCGAUUGAAAUUAUUGGACAGCUGGGGAGCCUAUUUCACAUGUCGAUGCUGUAUUCUCUCUAUUGCUUUGAAUACAAAUGGUUCAACAAUGGAAUCGAGAUGCAUCAGCGCUUGUCCAAUAUCGAGCGGAAUUGGCCUUAUUAUUUUGGUUUUGGAUUGCCAUUGGCUAUCCUCACUGCUCUGCCAUCAUCCUAUGUCAUCAGUGGCUGUUUGUUCUCCAUUCUCUUUCCUCUAUUUAUAAUAAGUGCAAACGAAGCAAAGACCCCACUGAGAUCAUUUCAUUUCCAGCUCCACCUCUUCUCCUUUGUGAUCAUGCUCAGCAAUAAACUCUUUCACAAGACGGUUCAUAUCCAAUCUGCCAUGACAACAACAGGGUCGUCUGAGCAUCUGCCAUCUCCUCAUUCAUCCCCUGCCAAACAACGAUCUACGACGCAGCAGUAAACUUCAGUUGAGGGUAUAAUGCCUCUUGCCCCCUCCCUUUGCAUAGGGUUCUCACAAAUGAUCCACAGCUCAAGAAGGCAGGACUGUUCUACUGGAGACUUUGUUAAUGAGCAGCCACACUUCACGUGUUUCUGAACAUGGAUUCCAGACCUGCCUUUCACCUGUCCAACACCCCACCUCUCUGAAUUCUUGUGCAAUUCACCUACGUGUUAGCAAACUGGGAAGUAGAAGACUUGAAUUUUCAUCUGAUUUUCAAGUGGUACACUUUUAUGUAUAAAGCGUUUUAUAGAAUGCAUGUGAGUGAGAGAGAACUUGUUGCAAAUGUUAGCUGACUUGUGCCUGAAUGUUACAUUUGUAUACAUUUGUGCCAAGUGUGUGACUUACAGAACAUAAUGUGUUUCUCUGUUGUUUUGAGGGGCCAGGGUGAGAGGAAAGGUGUGCAAGGUUGUGAACAUGUAACCAUGCUUGUGUCAGUAUUAGUCUCACUCCAGAUAACCAUCAGGGAUUUCAUAAUGAAAAUGGUAACUUUCUAGUUCUGGUUCAAUAUUAAAACUAAUAAUUAUGGUUAAGUGUAUUUGUGAUCCCAUUGAGUUAAUGAAGAAACCUAAUUUUUUUUUUAAUUCAGUGAUUCUUUUUGAAGAGGGAUGGAGUACUGCAGUGUGGAAUUUACAAAAUGUUAUUCCUUAAAGACUGACAUUAGAACUUACUUCUCAUAUAAAAAUGUGCUCUGAUUUAGACUA